GCCCGCUGCCUCCAUUUAAGACGAGGAGAGUGGCCUGGGUGGCAGUUGCUGUGGUUUCUGUCCUGGGUUGCUUAGGUCUUCUGCAAACUGAAACUCGCGGACGCAGUGUCCCGCGUCCAAAUCCGGAAGUCAGCAGCGCAGCAUCCCUUGUUUGAUCCAAGGCCGGCCCCUUGUUCUACCUUCGCCACUAGGUGCCCGUAUCUCGGUUGCUCCCGCGCGGCCAAGGGUAAGGCCGCCUGCGAGAUGUUCAAAAACACCUUCCAAAGCGGCUUCCUCUCCAUCCUCUAUAGCAUCGGCAGCAAGCCCCUGCAGAUCUGGGACAAAAAGGUGCGGAAUGGCCACAUCAAAAGAAUCACUGAUAACGACAUCCAGUCCCUAGUGCUAGAGAUUGAAGGAACAAAUGUCAGCACCACGUAUAUCACAUGUCCUGCAGACCCAAAGAAGACACUGGGAAUUAAACUUCCUUUCCUUGUCAUGAUUAUCAAAAACCUGAAGAAAUAUUUUACCUUUGAAGUACAGGUACUAGAUGACAAAAAUGUGCGUCGGCGGUUCCGGGCCAGUAACUACCAGAGCACCACCCGGGUCAAGCCCUUCAUCUGCACCAUGCCCAUGCGACUGGACGACGGCUGGAACCAGAUUCAGUUCAACCUGUCAGACUUCACUCGGCGGGCGUAUGGCACAAAUUACAUUGAGACGCUAAGAGUGCAGAUCCACGCGAACUGUCGCAUUCGACGGGUUUACUUCUCAGACAGACUCUACUCAGAAGACGAACUGCCAGCAGAGUUCAAACUCUAUCUCCCAGUUCAGAACAAGGCGAAGCAAUAACUGGAAUGCAGCUCAAGGGGUAGACCCUGAAAACUAUCUGGAGGACAGUGCAAAAAACAAAUACUUGUAUUAGUUCACUGUGCUGUGUUCUUUUGUCUACUACUUGGUGUCCCUUGUCGCAGACACCAGUGACCAUGCCGUAAAGCCACAAUCGCAUCGUAAGUACAGUGGGGGAUAAGCCGUCUUUUGAUACCUGACUGCUGGAGUUCAUCCUGCUGCCUGCCCCAGAGUGUGGGGAGAUCCAUUUACCACGAACUUAGAGAAUUAAAGAUGUCCCAUAAGGCAAUAUUUCUUUCUACGGUUUGUUCCUUGUUUUAUAUAUUAUCUAAAUAUAUGUAUAUGCUGUGUAAUACUCAUCUGGAAAUGAAUAAAACGUUAUAUUCUUGGUUUGUA